GUGCAAAUGGUGCCUCUGGACCUGGGGCAGUCUGGAGCAGUAUAAAAGCAUGUCCAACAGCAGGCUUCCUCAUCGACUUCUCUUGCCUUCUCCUCCUUCGUGAACAAGGUGCACCUCCAUCCCACAGCCAUGUCCUGCUAUGAUCUGUGCCGUCCCUGUGGCCCGACCCCUCUUGCCAACAGCUGCAAUGAGCCCUGUGUGCGGCAGUGCCAGGACUCCCGUGUGGUGAUUGAACCGUCUCCUGUGGUGGUUACCCUGCCGGGCCCCAUCCUCAGCUCCUUCCCCCAGAACACCGCCGUGGGAUCCACCACCUCUGCUGCUGUUGGCAGCAUCCUGAGUUCUGAGGGAGUGCCCAUCUCCUCUGGGGGCUUCGGCCUCUCUGGCUUUGGUGGCCGGUACUAUGGCAGAAGGUGCCUGCCCUGCUAAAGCCAAAGUGGACAUCCAGUGAGUGCAUCAACCGGGAAGCCUAAAGCCAGGUGCCAAACUGAGGAUGGAGCUGCUGGCUAGGGUUUCCAGAUGGGCUGAGCACCCUCAUGCCCUCCUGCAGACCAGAGAGGGAAGGCAGGGUGCCAGCCUUUACUGUCUCUAAACACAGUCAACAGAUAUAUUCUUCUCUCGCUUUUUUCGCUGCAUCAUGAAUCCUUGUUGUCUCCUGCUGUCCUGUGCCAUGGGUUCAUCCAGAA